AUGACCUCGGAGACAUUAGGUAAGGUAACCGGACAAGUUCAUUUCCAGAAAAAUGCUUCUGCAUACGAAAAACAUGCAGGUGGCACCAGUACGCGCCUUGCAGCCGCCGCAUUGUCUCACUUACCGCUAUUAAGCUAUUCUUCAGCAAGCCACAUCUUAGACUCGGCGGCCGGACCGGGCAUAGUGGCUAAACUCCUCCUAUCGCCAUCUCCAGCAGACGUCUCGGUCCCUGGGCUGCCUGUUUCUCCGUCACCCCGAGUCACUGGCAUAGAUUUCGCACCCGCUAUGAUCGAACACUUCAUGGCAAACAAAGCCGCGCUAAACUGGACUACAGCCGACGCCUAUGUCCAAGAUUCGGAGGACCUUUCUCGGUUCAAGGAUGCCGAAUUCGACGCUAUCGUCAUGAACCUAGGCAUAUUUACACUCCAGGACCCGGUGGCCGGCGCUGCAGAGAUGCAUCGUGUACUUAAACCCGGCGGCUAUGCAGUAGUCACAACGUGGAAGACUCGACGGGCUGCCGAGGUGCUUCAAGGUGCGGUGGAUGCCAUCCGGCCGAACAGCGGGUUAAAACCCAUGUACAUGUCUCCCGAGUGGUUGACGAAAGAGAAGCUUUCUAGCGUUAUGGAGGUUGGGAGAUUUCCUGGUGAUCAAAUUGAAAUUUCCGAGGCCGAGCCGAACUGGGAGUGUGGUUCCGGGGAAGAAGCCGUCAAAGCGCUCAGCUCGCCCAUGUGGACGGCGAAACUCUGGGAGGGAUGGAACUAG